CUCUUCUUUCUUUCUUUUUUCUUUUUCUUUUUUUUUCUAUACUCUUUUUCUUUUAUCCUUUUUUCCCCUACUUUUAUGUAAACUGCUAUGCUCGCCAAGGCAACGAAUGGUGAUGCAGAAUAUGAUUCAGUUUACAAAGAACAAGAAUACAAGUCGGAUAUCGAGUUGGAUAUGGAUGUAGUUACUGUUGAUACCAACCAUUUGAAUGGAACAACAACAACAUCAAUAACAGCAACAAAAGUGGAGGAAGACGAUGGUUUUUAUUAUCCUUCAGCAACUGGAGACGCGAUGGCGACAUAUCAGAACAUUUCCAAUAAUAUUUAUUUGGGUGCUGCUAAUGGGAAAUCUAUUGCAGAAGAAUCGAUGCCUUGUGAAUGCAAGUUUGAACCUGGGAUGGACGAUCCGGAAGCAGCUUGUGGAGACGAUGAUUUAUGUAUUAACCGAAUGAUGUUUAUGGAAUGUAUGAUGGAUGACUGUCCUUGUGAUCGAUAUUGUCGUAACCGUAGGUUUCAACUUCGCCAAUAUGCUCGUGUGGAUGUCAUCAAAACUGAAAAAAAAGGAUUUGGAUUACGGGCUUUGACAGACUUGCCUAGGAAUGCUUUUAUUAUGGAAUAUAUUGGAGAAGUGAUCACCAAUACCGAAUUUAUUCGACGAACAAGAGCAUAUGAAAUGGAAGGAUUGAAACAUUAUUACUUUAUGACUCUUAAGACGGAUGAAAUCAUUGAUGCAACAAAAAAAGGAUGCUUGGCACGAUUCAUCAACCAUUCCUGCAAUCCAAAUAGUGUGACUCAAAAAUGGGUGGUGGGCAAGACAAUGCGUAUAGGAAUCUUUACGAAACGACCAGUAAAAGCCGGUUCUGAAUUGACUUUUGAUUACAAAUUUGAACGAUAUGGUGCUGUAGCUCAAAAAUGUUAUUGUGGUGAACCUAACUGCAAAGGAUAUAUUGGUGGUACCAACAAGGGAACGGAUGAGGAAGAAGAGGAAGAAGAAGAACAAGAAGUCUAUACUCCAAGUGAUAUUUCCACAAUGAAUGAAUACAGUCUACUGAAUCAACCAUCUUUGGACCGCAUUGGUGAUGACGAAAUGAAGGAAGCAGUGACUUUGACACAGAAGCGGAUGCUUGGUAAACUACAUCAGCGACGCGAAUCAGAACCUUUACACCAACCUGAUGAGGUCAAGAAAUUUGUCAAACGGAUGCUGGAUUCAAAAGGGAAACCCAAAUUGGUUAUUCGAUUGUUACGGACUCUGGAACUUACCAAUUCAAAUUCUUCAUUGGGAAAAGAUGUUUUGAGACGAUUUGUACAUCUUCAUGGACUCAAAAUGUUGAAAUGCUGGCUUACUGAAUGGAAAAGUGAUGAAGAAAUUGUUCAAAAGGUGCUUCAUGUAUUGGAACAGCUACCAUUGGCCAAUCGGAAUGGAUUAGAAGAUUGUAAACUCUUUGAAGUGGUUGACAAAUAUACAACUCAUGAAAACGAACAUAUCAAAGCUCUAGCAAUAUCUGUAUUAGAUGGUUGGAAAGAACUGAAAAGUGUUUAUAGAAUACCAAAACGUGCUUAUGUAGAACCAAAAUUGGAAGAUCAACAAGGUAACACUAAACGACGGGAUCAUCCUAUGGAUGAAGAUUCUUCAUUAUUACCAGCAUUGAAAAGGCCACCUUAUUUAUCAUCACGCGACUAUAUUGAUCCUGACGACGAUUAUUACGAAUAUCUGACUUACAAUGCUGACCUUGUAGAAAUUCAACAAAGAAUGGAGUUUUUACCUAUGCCAGCGAUACCUACCGCCCCAAGAGCCAUGUUAGAAUCAUCACUUGCGUAUGGUUUACCUCCUUCACGAUACCAUAUGACAGGUGAAUAUGAUAUGAACGGUGAAGAUACAAUUACAUCAAGUGAACAACAACAGCCAUUGGAUUCUUCCUCUCAUAUUCCUCCUUCCUCUGUAUAUUCUGAAGAUAUUCCGACUGGUCCAAGUGGUUCUUAUUACGAUAUGUACGCGAUUGCAGCAGCAUCAUCAACGAGUGCAGUUUAUGGUACAACUUAUGGUCCAUCACAGCAACAAGGCAUAUAUGAUAAUAUGGGUGAAAACGGAGACGUCAUUGAACAGCCUUAUGUCAGCAACGGCAGUAUAUCGACAACUACACCAAAAUUACCAUCGAAUUGGCGCCAAGCAACAACGGAGGAUGGUAGUAUAUACUAUUAUCACAAGAUUACCAACAAGACACAGUGGACUUUUCCUGAAGAAAAGGCAAGCUCAAUCGAAGGGGUAGAUUCAGCAAGAUUAGAGGAUGUAGUAAAUCAAGCCAUUAUACGAAAGUCACACUCUCCUUCUGUGGAUGGUAGUCCCUCUUCAGUAUCCCAUCAUCAUCAGGGUAUGUCAUCUUCAGCAUCAACAACACCAACAUCAAGAUUGGAUGCGGCAACUAGCAGCAAUAUCAUUCUUCCUUCAUCCUCUUCAUCACCUAUACAACAUACAACAAGUGGUAUUUCAACAAGCCGGAGUGGAUCAACAGAUACUGGUUCAACUGGAUUGGAUGAAGCUGAUCUGAAAAAGGAAGUUGGCAAAGUGGUGAUCCGACACUUGAAUGGUACAUCAAAAAAUAAGGCCUUAUGGAAUGGUGACAAGUAUCUCUUCAAGGAAUUGGCACGGAAAUUAACACAUCAUAUUGUUGAACGGGAAACACAAUCCAAUCGGAAAGUCCAUGCAAUGAAUUCUGCUCUCCGGGGCAAGAUUGAAAAAUUCAUUGAUACUCACGGUGCGGCAUUUGCUACGAAACUCAAAUCGAAGAAGGAAUUGGGUGGUGGUGGGUCCAUACAAUAAAACAAACAACAAGAAUAUUAGCAUCAUCAAAUCAUCAAAUCAAUCAACCAGUAUUUUUAGUAUAUUUUUAUAAUUUAUCAUUAUCUACAUCAUCAUCAUUUAUCAUUAUUACGUCCAUUUGUUAUACACUCCAUCAUUUCCCCAUAUUUGACAUAUAUUUGCCAUUCAUUCCCAAAAUCCUUAGUAGUAGUAGUAUUAGUAGUAGUAUCAGUGGUAUUGGUAGUAGUAGUGUAGUAACUUUUAUUGUGUCAUAUUUAUACAAUCCAUAGUUAGAUAUUGGAAGUAUACGUUUUCUCUCUUUAUUACAUGUACAUAUAUAUCUCUCUCUCUCCUUAUUAUAUAAUAAACAAUUAAUCCAAUACAUUGUUU